AUGUGGCUCAUAUGUCUGGGCCUUUGCCCUGGGUUAUGCAAGCCAGACGACAGUGAAACUAUGCAAAAAUACGCAAAUGAAUCGCUGACGGACGCCGCCAAUUGGUCACAAUUUCUCGAAGAUUAUGUGCUGAGCCAGAGCAGCAGCCAGCGCAUGUCGAAGGAUCUGGCCUAUAUGGGCGGCGAGAUGGGCGGACCCAUUAACUAUCAUUCCUCGGCUUACAAACGGCCUGGCAACAACAUUUACAUUACACGUCGCAUUGGCGAGGCGGUGGAGCUGGAGCCGCAUCUGCGUACGCCGGUAGAAAGCCAAGGUCCGAUUGUCAACCCACAGUUUCGGCCUAUGACAAACCAAAUGUUGCACCAGCAACAACAACAACAACUACAGCAACAGCAGCAACAACAGCAACAGCGCCAGCAACCCGGUUUCUUGCAACAGCUCUUUGGUUUCGGUAAUUCGGAGCCAUCUCCGCCUCAGGCGCACCUGCGUCCAGUGCCGCUGCAGCAGCCGCCGCCGCCGCUGCCACCUCAUUCGCAGCAGCAGCAACAGCAGCAGCAUGGCAGCCCGCCCAACACUUUCCGAGCCGUUUCUGAAAACGAUUUGUAUCUGCUGGGUGCGAUUGAGAAGUUGGUCUAUCGUGUUGAUUAUUUGGAAAGUCGCGUGCGACGAACGGAACAAUUGAUAUAUUAUCUCAUGGCUGGCAACAAUCAGAAGGAAGUGCGUGAUCCCUGCCCAACGAAUUUCACGCGGAUCAGCGACAAUUGCUAUUAUAUCAACAGUCAUCAGCUGGUGAACUGGAAGACGGCAAAUACAGCCUGCAAGGGGCUCUCAGCUCACCUGGCCGAGUUCGAAAAGGUGUCCGAGAACGAAGAGAUUAUGGCCUAUUUACUUAAUCAACCGGCACAUCGAGGCCGUGACUACUGGCUAGGUGGCCUCAAUCCGGGUCUUUUGUGGAUUUGGUCCAAUUCCGCGAAACCCGUCAAUCCGAAUACAAAUCUCACCUCAAUUGCCAUGUCACAGAAAGCUGAAAAUUCUACGGCCUCCAACCUGGUAGACAGCAGCGAGGAAGCAACAGAGGAGAGCGAUAUACUCAACAAUACAGUCCAAAUAGAGGGCAAGGGACGCUGCUUGCGCCUGAGCUACAAUGCGGGCAAACACAGCUAUGUAUACUAUGGUCAGGAGUGCACUUCCAGGCAUUAUUAUAUCUGCGAGCACGAAGACAAGACGCUUGACAAUAAAAUCCAGAAGAUCGCGCGCGACCUGAAGCUUUUUGAUUAAAACAGAUUUGAAUGAAUAUU